AUGGACCAAAAGGAACAUUCAAAGACCUUCUACCAUCCUUAUAAGCCAUAUGAUAUUCAAAUACAGUUGAUGGAAACUGUAUACAGGGUACUUACCGAAGGGAAGAAAAUAGCUAUCUUGGAAAGUCCCACAGGAACAGGUAAGACCCUGUCAUUAAUUUGCGCCACGAUGACUUGGCUGAGAAUGAAUAAAGCAGAUAUUAUUACCCACAUGGAAGCUAACUCUAAAAAUAAAGGGAAUGGAAGUGAGAGUGAGAGUGAUGAUGAACCAGACUGGGUCAAUGACACGUAUAGGGAAUCGCUCCUGCAAGAAAAGCUGACUUCGUUAAAUGAGUACGAAAAGCAUUUGAAUGAAGUUAGCGCAACUAGUCGUAAGCAACCUAAAACAGCGCAUGACCUAAAUAAAGAAAACAGAAGAUACGGUAUAACAAACUCAUUUAAAAAAAGACGGAGAGGUACUCAGCAUGUUAAUGUAUCGCUUGAAGAACAAGAUUUCAUCCCACAGCCUUAUGAGUCUGAUUCUGAAACGGAUGAAGUUAGCUCAAAGAAGGGAGAUCUGUCUGAUAAACAUCAUAGAUUAAGUGAUUUGAAUUCAGAAAUAAAAACGCUUCUAAAUAAAAUCGACAGCAAGACUAUAAAGGAUCUAAACAACUACGAUCACCUUGGAGUCGUAAACCAAAAUCCAGUGAAGAUAUAUUUUGCGUCCAGGACUUAUUCUCAAUUGAAUCAAUUUACUUCCCAGCUGAGAUUGCCCUCAUUUCCAUCAUCGUUUAUAGAUAAAGUUCCUGAUGAAAAGGUAAAAUAUUUGCCACUUGCUUCAAAAAAGCAACUUUGCAUUAAUCCAAAAGUGAAAAAAUGGAAAACGCUGGAGGCUAUUAAUGACGCCUGUGCAGAUCUUAGACACAGCAAAGAGGGGUGUACUUUUUAUCAGAAUACGAAUGAAUGGCGUCACGGUCCCGAUACAUUGGCUCUCAGGGAUAGAAUAUUUUCCAAAAUUCAAGACAUUGAAGACUUAGUUCCACUGGGAGAGUCUCUAGAAAUAUGUCCAUAUUACGCAUCCAGAGAAGCUCUUCCUAUUGCAGAAGUCGUAACUUUGCCAUAUCAAUAUCUACUUUCCGAAUCUACGCGUUCGAGUCUUCAAAUAAAUCUUCAAGACGCUAUAGUGGUUAUUGAUGAAGCUCACAAUUUGAUAGAAACGAUAAAUUCCAUAUAUUCUUCAGAAGUCUCAUUAGUUGAUUUGAAAAACUGUCAUAAGGGAAUAGUAAUAUAUUUUAACAAGUUCAAAACUAGGCUCAACCCCGGUAACCGGGUGAACCUAUUGAAACUAAAUUCGCUUUUAAUGACGCUAAUUCAGUUUAUAACUAAAAAUUUUAAAAAGGUAGGGCAGGAAAUAGACCCAAAUCAUAUGUUCGCGGGAAGUAAUAUUGAUACACUCAAUAUUCAUAAGCUAUUAAGAUAUAUAAGAGUAUCCAAGAUUGCUUACAAAAUUGAUACGUACAUCCAGGCUCUAAAAGACGCAGAAGUGCUAAAAAGUGAAAGAUUAACAAAAGAGGCGGAUAAGCCGGUAUCUUCUCAACCACUGCUUUUCAAGGUCUCUCAGUUUUUAUCUUGUUUGACAAAUUUGACGUCGGAAGGCCAGUUUUUCUUUGAGAAGAGUUACACGAUAAAAUACAUGCUUUUAGAGCCAAGUAAAUCUUUUGAAUCGAUAGUAGAUCAAGCUAAAUGUGUGCUCCUGGCAGGAGGGACAAUGGAGCCUGUCACUGACUUUUUGACCAACUUGUUUCCCGAAAUCCCUACAGAAAAAAUUACAACCUUUUCAUGCAACCAUGUCAUACCGAAAGAAAACUUGCAAACUUACAUUACAAAUCAACCAGAGCUUGAAUUUACAUUUGAAAAAAGAAUGUCUAUUCCUCUUAUAAACGAUCAUUUAUUUCAAUUUCUUAUUGACUUAAGUAGAGCAGUUCCCCAAAAGGGUGGUAUAGUGGCAUUUUUUUCAAGUUACCAGUAUUUGGCACAUGUCAUAGAAUGCUGGAAACAAAACGACAGGUUCGCGAAGUUAAAUAGGGUGAGGCAAGUUUUUUACGAGUCAAAGGAUAGCGACGAUAUACUAGCUGGGUAUUCUGACUCAGUAGCGGAGGGCAGAGGAUCUAUUUUAUUUGCUAUUGUUGGUGGGAAGCUUUCUGAAGGAAUAAACUUUCAAGAUAAUUUAUGCAGAGCUGUGGUGAUGGUUGGCUUGCCGUUCCCAAAUAUCUUUAGUGGGGAAUUAAUAGUUAAAAGAAAGCACUUGACGGAGAAAAUAAUGAAAUCAGGCGGGACAAAGGAGGAAGCUUCGCAUGCGGCGAGAGAGUUUAUGGAAAAUAUCUGUAUGAAAGCUGUUAAUCAGAGCGUUGGCCGUGCUAUACGGCACGCAAAUGACUAUGCAAAUAUCUAUCUACUUGACGUACGAUAUGGUAGGUCCAACUUUCGGGACAAACUGUCACAUUGGGUCCGGGAUUCGAUCAAAUCCGAACACUUAACUCGCCAAGUUAUCCCAUCCACAAAGGCAUUUUUUGCAGCUCACGGCACGAAUUUAUAG